CAUUGCAGUCUGUGUUCUAAACGGCGACUCGUUAAAGAAGUAGAGGAUAGCCACAAACGGGAGACGCGAGGAAAAACACUUUUCCAAUGCGCAGAAAGGGGAAGAAGGCUACCGACUCCUUUCGAGAGUAACUAUUAAAGGGUGGUCACCAUAAAGACAAAUGGAGCAGACGUACGGCGAGGUGAAUCAGCUUGGCGGCGUAUUUGUCAACGGAAGGCCUCUUCCCAAUGCGAUUAGAAUACGAAUCGUUGAACUGGCACAACUCGGAAUAAGACCCUGUGACAUAAGUAGGCAACUUCGUGUGUCUCAUGGCUGCGUAAGCAAGAUUUUAGCAAGAUACAACGAGACGGGCUCCAUCUUACCCGGUGCCAUCGGUGGAAGUAAACCUAGGGUCACGACGCCGAAUGUGGUAAAAAGCAUAAGGGAUUACAAGCAAGCAGAUCCUGGAAUAUUUGCGUGGGAAAUACGAGACAGACUUUUAGCUGAUGGCGUUUGCGACAAAUACAACGUGCCAUCAGUGAGCUCUAUCAGUCGUAUUUUAAGAAAUAAAAUUGGAAAUCUUUCACAGCCAAGUCAGUAUGAGGGCAGCAAGCCUUCUCCCCCGCAACUUCCCUACAAUCCUGUAUAUCCUUAUUCAUAUCCCAACGCCAUCUCACCAACCGGCGCUAAACUUGGAAACCCUCCUGGCGUGUCUGUAACAGCCGGCCAUGUCAGCCUCUCCAGGGCCUGGCCCUCGGUGCACACUGUUAGCAACAUUCUAGGAAUACGGGCUUUCAUGGAUCCCUCAGCGAUUGCUGGUCCAGAUGGCUAUCAGCAAAAAAUGGAGGAUUGGGCAAGCGUUAAUAGAGCGUCGUUUCCUUCCGCCCAUGCAGUCAAUGGCAUUGAUAAAUCACAUAUGGAAGCUGAUAUUAAAUAUAACCAGUCUUCAUCAAACCUUUCCGGAUAUGUUCCCGCCUGCGCCUACUCUGCCACUAACCAAUACGGGGUGUACGGAGGCCCGCCCGGUAACUACGGUCAUCACUGGCAGUCUCAAGGCGCGAGUCUGGCUCAUCCAAACAAUGGCGCCAUGACGCACAGCUCUAAUAUUCAUACCGCGAUGACAUUCAAACGUCCACCAGACGUCGGAGACAGAAAGCCUCCUAGUCCUCUGAGCAAGCACCAGCACGAGGCGCUGAGCAGUGUUCACGCGUUGUCGUUACCUACCACAGCGUCAUAACCACGGAGAUCUAAGCCUACCCCAAAGAGAAGCAACAUUGGUUAGAACAAACCCAUAGCCAGUUGGAAGGGCAGUUUAUUUUUCAGUAUAUAAACAGUAAGUUAUUAACUGAAUUCAGAAUGUUACGGCUAAGAAGCGUUAGAUGCGCAAAUUGGUGAGUAACUUAAUUUUAAUAGCUUGACGUGUGGGCAUUACCACAUGGAAUUUCUGCAAUAUUUGCGGUUUCUAUAGAUUCUGUAAUAACAUUUUAUUAAUGAUUAAAACAAUAUUGUUAAAACAAAUUAGUGAUAUAGCAAUUGAGUUGAAUGAAGACCAUUGGAGACUUGUUUUCUGCAUAUGGACCUAUAAUCUUCAUGUGGAAAAUUACAACUAAUAUACGCCUGUUCAUAAAAAUGCUGGCCUAAGAAUGAGCUUAAUUAAUAAAAGGGCAACGUUCGUAUUGUGGCAACAAA